CCGCAGCUCAGUGCGCCAGAGUCCCGCCAUGCCUCGCUUUACCGUCCACGUCCGAGACGAGUGGCUGGCGGUGCCGUGCCGGGACAGCUCGUCCACCAUCCGCUGGCUGGGCCACGAAGCCCUCAAACGCUACAUGAAAAACAAGCCUGACAACGGGGGCAUCCGGGCGCUCAAGGACACCCGCUUCGCCGUGCGCAGGUGCCAGGGGCUCGGCCUGCUGGACGCCGACGACACCGUCGACGACGUCCUGGAGGAUAACGACUUCGUGGAACUGGCCAUCGAAGGAGACACCAUGUGUCCGGACUUCAUCCCGUGUGAGCCUGGAGUUUCCAAUCUCACAGCGGCAUACAGGGAACCCGGAGAUUAUAUUUGUUUGGAUGGCAACAGCCUGACCUCGACUGACCUGGUCAACUUAGGCAGAGGCCUCUACAAGAUAACACUGACCUCUGAGGCAGAGAGGAAAGUUGUGCAAUCCAGAGAACUUUUGGACACCAUCGUCAAGGAAAACAAAGUUGUGUACGGGAUUACGACCGGUUUCGGCAAAUUUGCUCGGACCGUCAUUCCUGUCAGCAAACUCAAGGAGCUGCAAGAGAACCUGGUGCGCUCACACUCAGCAGGUGUGGGCAACCCGCUGAGCCCGGAGAGGACCCGCAUGCUGCUGGCUCUGAGGAUCAACGUUCUGGCCAAAGGGCACAGCGGCAUCUCUCUGGAGACCCUUCACGCCAUGAUCCAGGCCUUCAACGCUUCCUGCCUCUCGUUCGUCCCCGAGAAGGGCACGGUGGGUGCCAGCGGAGACCUGGCGCCCCUCUCUCACCUGGCCCUGGGGCUUAUGGGCGAGGGUAAAAUGUGGUCGCCUAAGAGCGGAUGGGCCGACGCCAAAUACGUCCUGGAGGCCCAUGGGCUAAAGCCAAUAUCGCUGAAGCCCAAAGAGGGCCUGGCUCUGAUCAACGGCACCCAGAUGAUCACCUCGCUGGGGGCGGAGGCCGUGGAGCGAGCCCAGGCCAUCGCCCGCCAGGCGGACAUCAUCGCCGCGCUCACCCUGGAGGUGCUGAAGGGAACCACCAAGGCCUUCGACAGCGACAUCCACUCGCUGAGGCCCCACCCGGGACAAAUAGAGGUGGCCCAACGCUUCCGCUCGCUGCUGGACUCUGAUCACCACCCGUCCCAAAUCGCAGAGAGUCACCGCUUCUGUGACAGAGUUCAGGAUGCCUACACCAUGCGUUGCUGUCCUCAGGUCCACGGCAUUGCCAACGACACCAUCCAAUUUGUCCUGAACAUCAUCAACACAGAAAUCAACAGUGCCACGGACAACCCCAUGGUGUUUGCCGAAAGAGGUGAGACUAUUUCAGGUGGGAAUUUUCAUGGAGAGUAUCCGGCAAAGGCUCUGGACUUUCUAGCCAUCGCAGUGCACGAACUGGCCUCGAUAAGCGAAAGGAGGAUCGAGAGGUUGUGCAACCCGUCGCUGAGUGAGCUGCCGGCAUUCCUCGUCAACGAGGGGGGCCUCAACUCGGGCUUCAUGAUCGCUCACUGUACUGCUGCUGCUUUGGUUUCAGAGAAUAAAGUUUUGUGCCAUCCAUCCUCUGUGGACUCCUUGUCCACCAGUGCUGCCACGGAGGACCACGUAUCCAUGGGUGGGUGGGCUGCCAGGAAAGCUCUGAGAGUGGUGGAGCACGUGGAGCAAGUUCUGGCCAUCGAGCUCUUGGCGGCCUGCCAGGGCAUCGAGUUCCUCCGCCCGCUCCGUACCACCACGCCGCUGGAGAAGGUCUAUGACCUGGUGCGCGGUGUGGUCAAGCCGUGGAUUAAAGACAGAUUCAUGUCUCCGGACAUCGAGGCGGUGCAUCGUCUCCUGCUUGACCAGAAGGUGUGGACCGUGGCCAAGCCUUACAUUGACAAAUACCAGACGGAGUACAUCCCCGAAUCCCGUCCCGUCUCUCCGACCGCCUUCUCUCUGGAGUCGCCGCCGUCGCCCAGGAAGCGCUGUCGCCACGACUGAAGCCGCGCCCUCACCGACCGUGAUGAAUUGCUUUGAAUGACAACUGACCCACACUGAUGGGUGCCAG